GUUUUUUUUUCUACUUUUUCUGUAGUGCAAUGAAGAUCUUGUUGAGCUGUCUUCCGAGACCCUGGAUUGUUGAUGAGAAGAAAGAUGAUGGCUAUACGGCCUUGCACCUGGCUGCACUCAAUAACCAUGUUGAGGUGGCUGAGCUGCUUGUCAAUCAGGGUCAUGCUAACUUGGAUAUCCAGAACGUUAAUCAACAGACAGCACUUCAUCUUGCCGUUGAGAGGCAGCACACGCAGAUCGUGAGGUUGAUGGUAAGGGCCGGGGCUAAGUUGGACAUUCCUGACAAAGACGGUGAUACACCAUUACACGAGGCACUUCGUCACCACACUCUCUCACAGCUACGACAGCUACAGGACAUGCAAGAUGUUGGCAAGCUGUUGAUGGGCCUUGGCAACCAAUCAGGCGACAAGAAGAGCAGUGCCUCUAUUGCAUGUUUCCUGGCAGCCAACGGAGCCGACCUCAACGCUAAGAAUAAGAAAGGUCAAUCGCCGAUGGACUUGUGCCCCGACCCCAACCUGUGCAGGGUGCUGGCCAAGUGUCACUCAGAUAGCAACUGCCAGGAGAACACCAAUCUUCGCAUCAUCUCCUGUAUGGAGCAGGAACCAUUGGAGGAAUGUAUGGUGUGCUCGGACAUGAAGAGAGACACGUUGUUUGGACCGUGUGGUCAUAUUGCCACAUGCUCACUGUGUUCACCGAGAGUCAAGAAAUGUCUGAUAUGCAAGGAACAGGUCCAGUCCAGGACAAAGAUUGAGGAAUGUGUUGUCUGUUCUGAUAAGAAAGCGUCGGUUUUGUUCCAGCCGUGCAGUCACAUGUGCGCCUGUGAUGGUUGUGCUAGCUUGAUGAAGAAAUGUGUGCAGUGCCGAGGCCAGAUUGACAAGAUGAUUCCAUUCAUUGUAUGCUGCGGCGGUAAAGCUCCACCAGUAGCAUCCAAUAAUAGUACAGCCCCGACUAAGCCACAGAAGAUGAAUAACGCCAACAGUGAGCUGCAUAAAUUGGAGCAACAACUACAGGACAUCAAGGAGCAGACUAUCUGUCCUGUGUGCCUGGAUCGAAUCAAGAACAUGAUCUUCCUCUGUGGUCAUGGCACCUGUCAGCUGUGUGGCGAUCGUAUGUCGGAGUGCCCCAUCUGUCGGAAGUCUGUGGAGAAAAGGAUUCUUUUAUACUGAGGACGACAGAACAUGCGACUAAUGUACAUAGUGGUGCAAAAAGAAGGAAACCACUAUUGACAGCAAUUUUUACCUAC